GCCGGAGUUCUCUCAAACUGUCCCGGGACUGCGAGCAGAGAAGAGAACCGACUUAACUAUCUACUCUUGGGAUUUUGUUUCCCAGGGAUGGCCGCAUCUAUUCUGGAGGAGGAAGCUCGCUAUGGUUCCAGUCCUCUUGCUAUGCUAACCGCUACCUGCAACAAGUUUGGCAGCACCAGCCCGGUGAGGGACUCAGCCACCCCGGGCAAGGCGGGCCCCGGCAGCACCGCUACAGUCAAGAAGCAGUACACCAUGAGCUCAGAGCUCCAGGGACAGAGAAACAGCAGAGGAGGAGGAGGGGGCAUGGAGAACUCCUACACUGGUUCCUUCAGCUCAGCGGGUGGGUUACUCACACCCACUGGCAGCCCUCCUCCAUCCUCUGGGGGGUAUACGUCCGAGUACAACCCCUUCUCCCACUCCUUCCAGACCUCCAUGUCCCAGGGCCAGGACCAGUCCCUGCUGGUGUCCAAGGCCCACGCCACGGCUGACUGCCUGACCAGCGUCUACACCUCCCUGGACAUGACUCACCCCUACGGCUCCUGGUACAAGGCAGGCAUCCACCCCGGCAUCACCGCCGCCCCCUCCAACACCACAUCCUCCUGGUGGGACGUCCACCCAAAUACCAACUGGCUGAGUGCUGCCCAGCCCCAGUCCGACGGCCUCCAGGGCUCCCUCCAACCCGUCCCUCCCCAAGCCUCCCUCAGCCCCCAGCUGCCCAGCUACACCUCUGACUUCACCUCUCUGAACCCAGCUCAGUACCCCUCGGUGGGCCUGGGGUCCACAUCACACCUCCUCCAGUCCUCCCAGCACAUGCUGCCUCAGGACAUGUACAAGCCCAAGCCGGUGUCUGGCGGGGGGCUGAUGGAGAAUCAGAUGGGCCUGAAGCCUGCUGGUGGAUCACGGGGUUACGGUGGGGGAACCACCACUGGCCGGUCAAACUGUGACUGUCCCAACUGCCAGGAGCUGGAACGGCUUGGAGCCUCGGCUGCAUCCCUGAGGAAGAAGCCUGUUCAUAGCUGCCACAUCCCGGGCUGUGGGAAGGUCUAUGGUAAAGCCUCGCAUCUCAAGGCCCACCUCCGCUGGCACACUGGGGAGAGACCUUUCGUCUGCAACUGGCUGUUCUGCGGGAAACGUUUCACACGUUCCGACGAGCUGGAGAGGCACGUCCGCACGCACACCCGGGAGAAGAAGUUCACCUGCCUGCUGUGUAACAAGAGAUUCACUCGCAGCGACCACCUCAGCAAGCACCAGAAGACCCACGCAGAGUCUGCCCUGCAGCAGGCCAAGACCGGGGAGGGAGAGGCCCAGGACCCCAGGAACAACGAGGAGACGGCAGACCCCAAUAACCUCAACACGGCCGUGCAGAAUAACAACGUCCCUAGUGAGACGACUACCAACGGAGAGGAGAAGACUGGCUCAGCCAACGGGGUAGAGAACAGCAGUGGACUGCUGGAGAUUUAACUUCAGCGAAUGUGUUGUGGUCUUAUAGAGAUGUUUUGUUCAGUUAGUGUGGCACCGUUGUGGUGCAAAGUUUACUAUAUAUCUAAAAACAACCAGCAUUAUUUAGUAUUUGUACAUGCUGCCCACGCGUUUGACAUUAAUUGUCAAAGGAUGCAUUUGACAUAGUUUGUAAUGACUUUCAAGAUAACUGGCCAGGCUGGUCGGGAAGUACCCAUUCUGUGGACUUCACACACACACACACACACACACACACACACACACACACACACACACACACA